GGAGGCAAAUUCAGUUUAAGCUGGAACCCCAACAAAAGCAAGUUCUUCCCAGUUCGGGUGCCCUGGUGCUUUUUCGAACCGUCUAACCAAGAACCAUUUGUCUUGCCGGCGAUACGUGAGCAAAGACAUCGAUCAAACGCGGUGCCUCCUGUGAAUUACCAGCGCUUGUCGGAAGUCAGCUUGAGCAAGCAAAAUACAUCAGGGCACCCAGCUGGCCAUGGAAACAGGCCCCCCCCCCAGGAUUACACCCGGUCCCGUGGCACGGAGAGCGGGUUACACAGAGGCACCUUCCUACUGGGUUACCCCCGCUACCCGGGCAAGGGGCUGGCCGGCGCCGGGGGCGUGGCGCUAGCCCGGGGCCCGCCCCCGCCUUAGCAACCCAGCUGCCUCUAGCGUCAACCCUGGGGCCGCCGCGUUCGUCACAAGGGGCUGGAAGCGGCGGCGGAGCGGCCGGAGCCAGGUUUUUAAGAGGAAAACAAAGAAGGACCCCAAAUCAAGGAGUCCAGAAUGAUUGGAAAUCUGUGUAAAAGAGUUGCCUGGAGUGACCAGGUUACCCUUGAUAUGAAACACAAAAGAGAGCAAGAAAAGUCUGAUUCCGACAUUGCCCACAAGGGGAAGUCAAAAGAGAAGGAAAGGAGACUGAAAAGCACUUUGUGGGACUUGGAUGUACAGUCUCUCAUCUCAUCCUCUCAAUGGCUUCAGUGUCAUGGACUCAAGAGAAACAAACUGUCCCUCUCUCAGAUUUUAUCACAAAUUGGAUUUCAGCACAGGGAAGAUUAUGUGUCCACCUUGGGGAAAUUUGUGGCUUCUCGGUAUGCAGACGGUCUGUUUCCUCAAUACUUGAGAGCACAAGACGGCAGAGUAUAUAAUCUGACAGCCAAAAAAGAGCUAAUUCUUCAUUUUGUGGACUGUCUAACUGGAGCUAUUGAACUGUACAAGCAGAGAAUGGAAUGGGUAACCAGUGAAAGUCGGCAGAUAUUUGGAGUGAUUCUGGAAUCGUGCAUCACCAUUGUUCUGGACUUUGGCACUGUGUGUAGAACUGAAUUUGACCUGUGCCGUGAUGCGCUUUCUAUGGUCCUCUCACAGCAAGUGGUCCAGCUUGCCAAGUUUAACCUCAUUCGCACUGCACGAGAUCUUGUGAAGUGGCAACAGAAAGUCGUUCCUGUGACUGAAUAUUCUGUAGAGUCUGCUGUUAAAUGGCUCUGGAAGUUGGACCAUAUGCCAGAGAUCAGCCACACUAGCUCCACUGAGGCUCUGUUGGAAGCCAUAAGUGACGAGACAGUUGAAGCUGUUUAUUACUUUACUGUGGGGGAUUUUCCAAAGGACAUGACGCAGCUACUCUUGCAGAAGGUUUCUAACAGCCCAUACCCAAUCCACAUAGUAUCUUUUAAUGCAAAGGAGGAAGAAACCAUUCUUUUCCUAAAGGAGAUGAGCCAACUGACCUCUGGAAGAUUCCAUGCGUUUGCUGAGAGAACUGACCACAUAGAUAUCAUUGGACCUAUACCAAAGAGUGAAGAGGAUGGAGAAAGUCUAGCCACCCAGAAUUCAAGAAAAUUGAAAGGAAAGGUGCCUUUAGUAGCUGGUGUCAGAGAAGAUGUCUUCAUGAUCUGGAAGGAGUCAGAGGAGGCCAGAAAUGCGCUGAUACAACUUCAGAAUAUUUUAUCCGAGUCUCACCAGCCUAUAUCUGGCAAAGCAACCACAACUGAUCUUCCAGUGCCUGAGCCAAAUUCUGAGGAUUAUAUAAGUUCUAAGGAGUGGUUGCAGAAGAAUGGCUUGAAAGCUCAGAAGCUAACGUUGUAUGAAGCACUUGCUGACUGUACUUUUCGGCAUGCUGAUGGGGUGGUUGACAUAAAAGCCAAGCCAGAGGAUGAAUCUUUACAAACUGAUGCUGAGACGAAUAAGAAAAUAAUCCAUGCAAAAUACUGUGAUAAAUUUGUGCACACUUACUGGAAAGAUGGGUCUGUGGUUCAUGUGUAUGUCUCUACUGAGAAGUACAGGCAGUAUGAAGAGAGAAUGAAGAAUGCUCUUGGACUAAUGGAAAGAAGGGUUAAAUGGCUCCAGCGAGGGAGCAGAGGACUCUUUGGGAAUGUGCUUGAAGAUCACAUCUAUAUUCUCAUUGAUACAUCUCAGUCUAUGAGGGACAAACUUCCACUUGUGAAGGAGAAAAUACUUCAGCUCAUUCAGGAACAACUGAGACACAAAAGCAGAUUUAACUUUGUGAAAUUUGAUGCUCAAGCAGUAGCUUGGCAAGAGAAACUUGUUGAAGUUAAUGAAGAGAAUUUGCAAGAUGCUUGGCUUUGGAUAAAAGAACUAGAGGUUGGCAGUUCCACAAAUACACUCAAAGCACUUCAAAUUGCGCUUGCUGAUAGUGACACUCAAGCCAUUUAUCUUCUGACUGAUGGGAGACCUGACCAGCCACCAAAAACAAUUCUGACCCAAAUCCUACUUCGUCAUAAAGUUCCUAUUCAUACCAUAUCUUUCAACUGUGACGAUACAGAGGCCAAUAAAUUUUUGCAUGAACUGUCAACGGAAACAGGGGGACGGUUUCAUUACUAUAAUAUUUAUGUGACGGAUCCUGAAGCUCCAGAGCCUAUUGUGAGUGAAGAUGUAUACCUUUUAAAAAGAGAAAUUGAACAGGGGGAAAGAGAUCUUGAGAAAGUGCAGACCUUUCACACUGAAUGUCUGAUGAUGAACUGGUAUAAUGGAGAAAAAGAUUGUGAAAAUAAACAUCACAAGCAGACUCUUACUGCAUCCUCUGUAACCACACACAUUCAGGACCUGAACACCUCUCCUACCAGUAGGCCAUACUGUGCCUCAGACGAGCCAUUGCUGACUUCACACCAGCGUACAGUAGAUGUAUGGCAAACUCGUUGUGACAGUCCAGUCAGAAGGAAGUCAGCACUGUAUGCAGAGCAAACAAAGACUAGUCUGCUCAGGACCCUGGGCCAUCAAGUGAGGUCCUGUGAAGAAAGACCAGAUGAGAGGAUAUCUCCUGAAAGAAAGGGUUGUUUGCUCAGAAAUAGCCUGAAAUCUGCCACUAUUUUUAAAGAGCUGAAUACACAAAAGGUGGCAAAAAGAACAUCUAAAGAUUCUCUGGAUACAUCUUCAGUUCAUUGGCUAAAGACUCAUGGUUUGAUUGCUAGACGACUCACCAUAAUGGAUGCCUUAGCCCCUACAGCUGUUCCUCACAGUACUAAAUACAUCCCGGUUUUAGACAAACAUGUUGUUUCUAAAGUAUUUGAUGAGGUGUUACCCCUGGCCCAUGUUAGCAAUGACAAGAAGCGGAUCACACUAAUUAAUCCUCAGGCGGUAAAUCUUGAUGCCUAUAAAGAGAAACUGGAACAAGCAAUUAAAUCCUAUGAAAGGCGCCUAAAUCUAAUUAUUUGGAGAGCACUAUCUCAAGAGGAAAGAGACAAGUUUGAGCAGGAGGAGCCAGUCUCAUACAUGGAACACAAAGAAGCUUUGCUACAGGCCUUAGAAAAUCUGGGUUGGCCUGUUUCUUAUGAUGAUGUGACACUUUUGGAAGAUGAGAUUCUGGCAGGGUUAACAUACAUCCAACAAGCCUCUGAUCUUCAGGAAGCUGCCAAAAAGGAAAUUCAGAGAACCUCUGCAUCGUACAUCAACCACAGUAAAAUGAAACUUACAGAGGAGAAUGUAAAGGCACAGUCUAAGAAAAGACAUAAGGGAAAAGUGUAUGAGACUCUCAAAGGCCAAAAGGUGAUUGCAAGAUCUGACAUCACAGGAUUUUAUUUUCCAGGAACUGUGAUAAAGAGUAUCAGUUCUUCCGAGGCUCUUGUUGACUUCAGCCAUGGAGAGACACAGAUUGUACCAAUAAAGUUCAUUAUACCUGUUGGGGGUGCUAUGCCUUGUCCAUCACUGCAGGUUGGAGACUAUGUAUUCGCCAGAACUGGGAUACACACAGGAAAUGAUUAUUAUAUGCCUGCUGUUGUCAUAGCAACACCAAAAAGAGUUGACACAGAUGAUAAACUCUACACAGUUUUGAGGUACAACAAUAGGAAAAAACACUGUAUACGAAGUGGUCUUAUUAAAAUCAGCCAAACAAAGUAUGCCUGUUCCUGCCGUUAUAUAAGAAUGGCCCAUAUGGUGGAUUGCCUUCUCCCAAAUGUACAGGCUGAGAAAUCCAUCCAGAACUCAUCUCCAGAAGAAGAAAAAGAAAAGGGGAAAAAAUUGAAAGAAGAUGGGGGAAAAAAGAAAAAAAAAGGGAAAGUAGAGAGCAAAACACAUCCCAGGGAGAAGACUUCAGACUCUGAUGGUCUUUUAUUUACCUCCAGGAAGGAAGUAAAAAACAAAGAAAAGAAUUCACUGCCUAGUGACAAAGAGGAAACUGAAGGUUGAAGGAAGGAUGAAUCUGAGGAGAGUGGAUAUCACCUUGGCCCAUCCUGGCCAUGCCUUACCGAGAUCUGCAGAGCCUUGGCCACCUGAGUCCCACAAAGGAGAUUCUUCUACAUGGCAUGAGGUGGAACAUGCAGCAGAGUCUCCUUUUUAUGGCACCAUUGGCUUUACCAUUUAUUUAUUUUUUGCAAACCCCUUUGUGUCUCAGAAUGUUUGGAAGCAUAGGAGAACCUCUGAUAUUCAUAUAGUUAAUAAAGAUGUUAUAUAAAACUGGUCCUUACACUGAUACUUACAGGAUUUCUUUGGAUGCAUUCCCACAACUUGACACAUCGUUGAGUAUUGUUACACUUUGUUUGCAGGUGUUCAGUCAGUUUUCAGUGUAUAUGAUAGUGCUUAUCAUAGCCAAGUAAAUUUUGAAUUAAUUUUGCAAAUAAAAAUUUGUGAGCCAGUGUCAAAUAUGUUACUAAACGCCAGACAUACUGCAUGUAGUUUAUUCCAUACAUCCACUAUUUAUUUUAACUCUAUUUCAAUAAUUAAUUAAAUAAUAAAAACCUCAAGUUUGCCUGGUAUUAUUUUUUUUUCUCAUGGGCCAGAUCCUUGUCUGGCGUAAUCUGGCAUUUUACAGUAGUUGAUAGUCUGGUGCUAUAUGUGCUGCUUAUUCAGAUCCCAUCUUUGCAACCCUCACUCAUACUGAUGAGCACUUAGACAAAUGCUCCUGUUUAAACCAGUGGGAUUACUUGCAUGAGUAAGUACUCAUCAACAUGAGUGAAGAUUGCAGAGCUGUGUCCUAUGAAUGCAUUGUUUCAUUAAUCUCUAGAGACUAGAUUUUAAAGGCCUAAGCUCCUGUUGAUUUCCUAGGCACUAGUGGGAAUUUUAGAAGUGCUUAUCUGCAUCUUUAGUUGCCUAUAUACCUUUGAAAAUCUGGCCCUAGAUAUUUACAUUUUUUCCUAACCCUUUCAUUCUGGAAUUGUUUGCUACUUCAUGAAGAAUGGAUCACAUGUGUCUGUUAUGUGUUAGGGGGUUAAUAUUUGUUACAUUAUUUUACUAAAGUUUGAAGUUAGACUUACCUAAUACUAGUUCCCAGGAUUACUCUGUUUUCCUUUUUUGAAGUUCAGUACCACGUUUGCUUUAUUAGUUAGGCACCCAAUCUGCUUAGGUACUUUUGAACAUCCCACUAGGUGCCUAUCUAUAUCUUUAGGCACCUAAAUGUCUUUUUAAAUCUGGUCCGUAGCACCUUAAAAUGGUGAUCAUACAAAGCCUUGAUUUAUAUGUUCAAACUUUCCAAGUGUGCUCUUCAUUGCUGUUUGCCGUUAUUUUUCAAAGUCUUCAGUACUUCUUAAUUGUUCUUGUUCAAGGCAGAUUUCAAAAGAAGUUCAACAUCUCAGCAACUCAAAAGAAAUUUUUUCAAUAGUUGUAAAUUCCAUUUAAUAGUUAAAAACAGACUAACUUAUAAUAGCCUGAAUACAUCCUACUGUAAUGAGGUUACACUUACUGCUUGAUUGUUUGAUUUCUGAAGGCGGUCUGUUGAAUUGGUAUAUUUAAAAGGUUUAUAGUCCUCCCACAUAGUUUCUAAUACCU